AUGAGACUCUCGACAAUACCUGGCGCGGGCAGGAUGGCCCUAUUCAUCACCAUCCUCGCCUGUACGAUUACUACAGUUCUUGCCGACGACACCGAAAUCUCCACUUGGGCCGAAACCGAGAUCCCCGAAUGGGCUUCGGUGAAUGGAAUGCAACUUUCUUUAUCGUCAAAUGAUGGAUUGCAGUUUGCUGUCAUUCCUCUUACACCAAACCUGGGACUAAAUGACUCGACCGGCGUUGUUAUCGAUAUUAUCCAUAUCGAUGGCAAGAUGAUUGCGACAGAUUCCUCCAACUACAACAAGGUCAACAAGAAAGAUCAGGUGGCCUAUCUAUCGUGCGACGAGCCUAAAGACGAUUCUUUUCUCAGCCCUGAUAAAAUGCUUAACACAUUAAUGAGAACCGAUCCCCAUAUCAAAGCAAUAGUCUUGUAUUCCACGUCCAACACUUGGUGCGCCAUCAGCCAAAGUCGCAACCUGCCAUUUACAAGCAUUCUUUCUAUGGCCGACGGAGGCGAGGCCACUCAAGCUUUGAAUCUUUUGAACGGCACCACACGUGGUAAAAUCGUCGAGGCUCACAUUUUUGGCAAUAACACGGACAACACGCUACCGAAGGACGAAAGCAAGAAAAACAACAACACAGCUGCCAUGAUCGUUCUGUACGCUAUUACCGGCCUUAUCACCCUUCUAUUUCUGGUCAUCAUCACAACAGGAGCUGUCAGAGCCCAUCGAUACCCCGAAAGAUAUGGGCCACGAGGUGCACUUGGCGGGCGGCCGCGGCAGAGCCGGGCUAAAGGACUUGCUCGGGCUGUAUUGGACACGAUACCAAUCGUCAAAUUCGGAAACCAAACACCAGCGAAGCCAGAUCCCGAAUUGGAAUUGGAGAAUACAGAGGGGAAUGACGCCAGCACACAUCGGGCGGCUUCACACCUUAGUGAGGCCCGACGCUCUGACGCAGCUUCGGCAGCAGGCGGAGAUGUUGAUGUCGUAUCCGCCGUGGCUAGAGCGUCGUCAUCUCCCGAAGGUGCCGAAGACGAAGCAAGCGUCCAAUUAGGAUGCUCAAUUUGCACAGAAGAUUUUAAAAUGGGCGAAGACGUUCGAGUUUUGCCCUGCAAGCAUCAGUUCCAUCCAGCAUGUAUUGAUCCGUGGUUGAUCAACGUGUCUGGCACAUGCCCAUUAUGUCGCUAUGAUUUACGGCCAGGCAAAGGACAUGCAUCUGGAGAAGCGGCUGUUGGCGACUCUAGUACAUUGCCUCCGCCUUUGGCAAUGGAAGAGAAUGACGCGCCUCAGUCAUCCCAUCGUAAUCGUUUGUCUCGACUGUUUGACAUUAACCGCCUCAGAGAAGGAACUGUAGAGGAGCAGAUGGAGGCAUUGAGGCGAAUGCGGGCUGAAACCACUGAGAAUAAUCGCCAAGAGCCGGCAGAUAUAACCGAAGCGGCAGAUGGUGACUCCAGAGGCCAAAGUGCAAGGUUUGCAGCGAGGUUACGGGACACAUUCCGUAUUCGCACUCGCGCUCAAGCAGUCGAAGAUCAAAACAACCAACGUGGAACUUCGUGA